UGGAAUGGUAAUAAUACUUCGUUAGGGAUAACGGAAGAAAGGAGUUACAUAGGACCUGCAAACGACGAUGGAAUUACCUGACACGUCUGCCUUUUUGCAACGAUUAGUUGUUUGAGGUUAUGGAAUUACAUAACAAAAGUGAAAAAGACUACAUUGUUAUUGUUGUGACAUUUGGUGAAAGUAAUUUUUUGUUUCCAAGUAUGAUAGCAUAUUUGAUGGUUUGUCUUCGAUAUUAACCCGUAAUGAUUGACGGAUGUUAUCUCUGUAGCAGCAGUUACUUUCCACCUCUGAAGAUAAUGAUAUUUUUAAAAACAUAACCUGUUCGUCGAGGUUACGAAAGCACAAUUGAACGACUCGAGCAACGCAGGUAAAAAAAUGUCUGCAGCUUCAUACAAUCCUCGGGAUAUGCCUGGUAGGCAAGAAAUAAUAGAGCUGGCAAGACUCUUGCGACAGAAUGGUGACAAAGUCUUGAGUGCAACAAGCAAAUUGUCCUUGUCAACCUCGCUUUUGAGCAAUUUAAACGAAGCGUUUACUUUAAUUGUUGAGGAGAAUGAAGACUUGGAAUCCUCCUUUCAAGUAUGCAAUAGCUCAAAGAUUGAUAUAUUCAGAGACCUCAAGUUUCUCCAUGAUUUUGUUCAGAAAACAAUCAGCUUGAAAAUUACCCACAGACUCAGUGAUCGCAAAACAAAUGUCGAUAUAACAAAAUUUAGACACUUGAAAUACCUUGAACUACAAAAAGUUUGCAUUGAAUCUGUCCGAGGAUUACAAGGGGUCAGAGGUCAGUUAGAAAACGUUGUAUGUGCCGGUGGCAGAGGAGUUGGUUCGGUCGGAAGACUGCUAGCUGCCUGUGGCGGAGAUGCAAGUGCAGAUUUCAUAUGGGGAUCCUUAAAAUCUCUGACAUUACCUUACAAUGCAUUGGCCAGAAUAGACAAGUCUCUGGAGCUAGCGCCAUGGUUACAAACAUUGAACUUAAGCCAUAAUUUAAUAACAUCGGCAAAGGAAAUAGAAUGUUUACCAAAUUUGAGAAACAUCAACUUGGGAUAUAAUAAAUUAGAAUCAGUACCAGAAUUUAGUAAGCCUGUGUUUCACAGCUUGCAAGUCCUCGUGUUGAAAAAUAACUACAUAGAGAAUAUUAGCGGACUCAAGGGAUUGGAAUCUCUCUCCGAGCUUGAUUUGUCGUAUAACUGCUUGACGGAUCACUCGGUAUUGUGGCCCUUAGAAAAUAUGUCGGUACUUUUGUGGGUUUCUUUGGAAGGAAAUCCUCUUGCUUUUCAUCCAAGACACAGAAUAUUUUCUAUCAAACAUUUGCAUCCAAGCGUGGCAGAUAGUAAGUUUAUACUGGAUCAAGUACCACUCUCCAAAGCUGAAAAGCAAGUUGUCACUGAAAAUCGUUUGUACUCAAUCAGACCUACACGCUCUGUAUCUGGUGACGAUUUAGCCUCAUUAACGAAUUCUAUAAGAUCCGAUGUUACAUCAACUUCUUCCGAGACAAUAAUAUUCAAUGAAUCUCUGACUCAGAGCCAACGUUUAGAUGUAACGAUAGACGAGCGUCCAAAAUCUCGAAAAAAGAAGAACGUAAAAGAGGCUGUCAUUACAGAUAUUGAUCAUAAUAAGGAAGAUGUCAAGUUGGAUUCCAGUUUAAUUUCCAACAUAGAAGCAUCGACAGAGCACUUGGACAUAAAAAAACAAGUCGAGGCACUGCGUGAAAAAUAUGGUGAAAAUGAUUGGCUGCAUGAGCAGGCGGGAACAUUUGUUCAAGACAUCAUGGGAUUGGAACGUGCCUCUGGUCCCCUACUGUCUUACAAGCAAGCUGAAAACUCUGCAAACACACCAGUCGAUAUACCAGCAAACGACUCACCUUCUAAAAAGUUGGAUAAUUCGAGCGUAAUUUUAAAACUCACCCCUGAGCCCUUGAUAGAAGAAAAAUUUAAGCAAACAGACGAAGAUGACACUGACUCUAUUGGUGCCGAAGAUGAGAAAUACAAAGAAACUUUUGACAGUAAUGAUUUACUUGUGAAUGAAAUUGUCGCUGUACCCACAGUUACGCAUUCUCAACAGGAGCCUGCAUAUGAACGCGACGAAGAGAAAGGCGAUUUAUAUGUAGUGCAGAAAAAGAAGACCACAGAUGAAACGGAACGGUUAUUUUUGGUAGUCACACCUGAUGAUAUAAAGGAAAGAGAUGAAAUGACUGGCAGGGUAAAAUGUCGCUGGGCAACCAACAUGGUUCUCUCUUGUGUAAUGGGUAGAGGGGAAGUAACAACUGUAGAUAUUAUUUUUGACACAUCUAAAAGAGAUCGACAAAAUAGGACUUAUUUCAUGGAACCUAAUGAUGCUAAGCAAUUGGUAGCUACUGUUGGUGAAAUAAUGAAUGCACAACAAAUAGCAUUGAAAAUUUUCAAAUGCAUGAAGUGCUCGACUCAUUUCUCGCAGGAUGUAGAUCGCACAGCAUUGGCUUCAGUUUUUAUAUCAGAUUUGAAAGGACCAAAGUGCCCUACAUGUGGAAGCAGUUUAGUCAUUCAAGAGGAUGAAAUUCUGACUCCUGAAGUAGAUAAGAGUGCUGCUGUUAAAGGAAAAGAUUGCAAUGAAUUAUCGCAGGAACACUCACUAGAACCGCCAAGAGAUAUAGGGCUGCAACAUUCAGAAUCUCAUUCGAGUAUUGGUGCCAUGGAAAGUGACAUGCAAAUUGUUCUCAGUUCUAUGGUGUACCCCGACUUCCACACCCAAGCCAAAGUCCAAGUGCAGUGUUCAGCAACUAGUUUAGAUGACUCAAGAGAAUCGACCCCGUCAGUUGGAACAGUGACAAAGAAAUAUGAAAGUGAUAUUGAAAUCUUGAGCAAUCCGAGUCAGAGUAGUAUUGAAGUAUUGGAAGAAAACUCAAUAUCAACCUCAACGCCGAGUAGGAAAAGGUCGUCAGAAGAAAGGCGAAUUGCAGUAGUUCCUUCUUUGUUAACAAUCCCAGAUGUGAAUCUUCUACCCGCAGGCUUGACAGAAAGCAGUUCUUCUGGUUCCUUAACCGAUAGUGUGUGCACUACAUAUGAGAAUAAACGGCUAAAGCCUGCAGAGUCUAACACUAAAUUGAUUAUAAACCCAUUGAAUGGAAAUGGAACAGAUAUGAUGGUUGACGAAAAAGAUGCAACUCCCCAACCUGUUACCAAUCUGAGUUCUAUUCUUGGGGGACUGUUAUCCAGUAUGAAAAUUGGACCAAGUAAAUUAUCAUCACCCAUGUCUGAGACGGAUUCAGCAUUUGUCGGCAGUAGUAUCCAGUACUCAUAUACAGAUUACAGCAGCAUUGAUCACAGAGUAAAGCUUCACAUUAUUCUGCACGUUUUCGAACACCCAAAAGAAGACCUCGUUCUUCUUCUUAAAGCAGAUAUAUUGACAAAAGAUAUGGCUAGAACGAUUCCAGGAUGUCUUAUUUUAUCUACUUCUAAAGUUUACCUCUUGAAGAUUAUUGGACCUGAAGGAGAAGAUCCUCAGAAAUGGCUACAAAAAGAAUGUAGCUGGACGAUGGAUAGACUUCGGACAUUUGCUCCAUUACCUUAUAAACAGGGAAUUCUAGUUGAUUUUUAUCAACCUGGUACACUUGAAGAGGUAUCGUCGAAUACAACCCUAGUGUGUAUUCUUCAAGAUUUUCAAAGGACGUCAAACUUCCUAUCAUAUCUCACCGACUUAUCAUUGCCGGGUAGCUGUGAAGUCGAAUACUCAGUUCCCGAACAUUGCACUUCUCGAUUACACGAUCUCCUCAAAUUUUCCAAGAGUCAUCAGGAUGGUGAUGCAAUUCGAUUGCUUGCUUUAUUUUCUCGCUGUACAAUCAAACAUGAAAAUCAAACUACAAUAAUUAAAGUUGCUGGAUUGCUAGUGACGAUGUCCGCAUUGUUGGUAAUGGAGGACAAUAUGCAGUGGCUGAUACCCCAAAGUUCGGAAAAACCUGUAAUAAAAACUGAACAGGCAAUGAGCAAUCUCAUUGAAGUGGAACACAAUGGCACUUCAUUGACUCUGAGUUAUUUGGAUGAGGUAGCUGGUACAGAAGAAACGUGGACCAUUGAGUUUGUAUCCUCAGGCGCUGUUGAAACUGUUAUAAAUUCAAUCCAGCCACCAUGGGAGGAUCUUUUUUCUGUUCCCUUGCAGGUUACCCAUAGAACACCACAGAAUACUCCAAAAACGUGAGAAGGUAGGAAAUGAGAUAGUAAAUGAAACAAUUUUAUUUAUUUAUACAAAGUAAACAACGCCACUGUUAUAGAUUCAUUUUGUUAUUAAACGCUCAAAGGUUUCAAUAAUUUGGACGCGUUUCACGAUAUGGCCUAAAGUUCUCAUCUUUUUGCGCAUAUAUUGUGAAUUUUUGGCACUUUUUGUUUGUUGCAGAAUUAUAAUUUAUUCAUUGACACGUAUCUCAAUAAUAGCAGCAAAUGUAAUAUAUGGGUAAAAUGAGUCAUGUGAGAAAUUUUUCACUAAUCGAUAUUGCUUAUGAAUUUUUUCGUGUGUUAUCGCCAAAAAGUUAUAACUGGACUUGUUUUAUUUUGUCUUAGAUCAAUUGUUAUCGAUAAUUGUAUAAUAUAUUAGAGAAUUUAUAACAGCAGAUUACAUGCACAUAACUUUUAUUUGUGUAAAAUGACUAUAAUCCAGUCAAUGCUAGUUUGGAAAUUAGUUGUUGUAUGAUGUAUUUUAAUUUUACGACUAUAUUGAAUAUUCUGCGUAAUUGCUUUCGUCAGCACUUAUUUUUCUAA